AUGGAGAAGAAAUUCCAGGUGAGCUUAGUCGGGCUAAGCGCAGAACACACCUUGAAAGAGAUCCUGGCCACGCUGCAGAGUACGUACUCCGGCUCUGUCGGGAUCGAGUACAUGCACAUCGGAGAUCUCCAGAAGAUUGAUUGGAUCCGACAGCGGGUGGAAGAUCCCAACUUCAUUCCCUCUGACAAGAGCAAGCUCCUGAAGGUGUACAAGGAGCUGUUGAAAGUGGACACCUUCGAAAUGUUCCUGAACACACAGUACAAGACAACCAAGCGCUUCGGCGUCGAUGGCGGCGAAACGGCAGUGGCUGGCGUCAAUGCGGCCAUCGAGAAGGCUGCGACGCUGGGCAUGUCCGAGUGCGUCAUCGGCAUGCCACAUCGUGGCCGGCUGAAUGUCCUCACCAACGUGGUGCGGAAGCCUCUGGUGCAGAUGUUCGCAGAGUUCAAGGGCACCCAUUACGACUUCGAGAAGCUCGUGGAGAAGAGCGACGAGGACGACUGGCUCUUCGCUGGUGAUGUGAAGUACCACCUCGGCACCUCACAGGUCUUCAGCUUCGAAGGGGGCAAGACGAUCACGGCCACCCUCGAGGCAAACCCCUCCCACUUGGAGACCGUGAACACAGUCACGCUCGGUCGUGCUCGGGCAAAACAGUACUACUUAGGCAACACGGAGGAGUCACGAACUCGAGUUCUUCCCAUCCUCUUCCAUGGCGAUGCGUCCUUCGCCGGUCAGGGCGUCGUCUAUGAGACCAUGCAGCUGGCCCACGUGCAGGAGUUUGAUGUGGGUGGCACCAUCCACGUCAUCAUCAACAACCAGGUGGGCUUCACCACGGAUCCUGUGGAUGACCGGUCCACCCUGUACACCUCGGACCUUGGCAAGAGCUUCAAUCUUCCCAUCUUGCAUGUAAACGGUGAUGACCCUGUGGCAGUCACCAGUGCAUUCGAGCUCGCCGCCGAGUGGAGACAGACCUGGCAAACAGAUGUCAUCGUCGAUGUUGUUUGCUACCGCCGCUUCGGCCACAACGAGACGGAUGCGCCAGAGUAUACGCAGCCAGUGCUGUACAAGCAGAUCAACAAGCAUCCUCGAACCGAAGCGGUGUACGCCAAAAGCUUGGUAGACAGUGGCGCCGCUACUCCACAGGAGCUCGAAGCAAUGAAGUCGGCGAUCUGGAAAGAGCACGAAGCCGCCUUCAAGGAAGCUGACAGCUUCAAGCCCAGUGAGGAAGCCGAAUGGGUUGCCACCAAGUGGGAGGGCUUCGUCCGUCCCACCGACAUGUCCAACUCUCAUCCGACUGGGGUGGACGUUGAGCUGCUGCGGAAAAUUGGAGAGAGGCUUUGCUACACUCCAGAUGGCUUCAAGGUUCACAAUGGCCUCAAGCGUCAGUUGAAGAAGAAGAUGGAGGAUUUGGAAGGCGGCGAGACAAUCGAUUGGGCCACGGCUGAGGCAUUAGCCUUCGGCAGCCUCCUUUUGGAGGGCAACCAUGUCGUGCUCAGCUCUGAGGCUGACCGCUUGGGCGAGGGUUGUGGGGACCCGGCCAGAUCCCUGGUUGCUACCUCCAACGGCGACGUUUCGCGGGCGCUCCACGAGCUGCGUCAGGCCGAUGUGCCAUUGAAUGUCGUGCAUGUCAACGUUGCCAUCAAGGCCGCCAGGGGGAACUGGCGCCUGGCCUUGCAGGUCCUCUCGGAGGCGGCUGGGUGGAGAGUGGAUCCGGAUGUCAUCUCCUUCAACUCGGUGAUCAGCGCUUGCCGCAAAGCUUGGCCAAGCGCAGUCUCACUGCUGGAGAGUAUGAGAGCGAACCGCGUGGUGGCGACGGAAGUCAGCUACAGCUCAGCCAUCAACGCUUGCAGCGACGCCUGGGAAGUGGCAAUAGAGCUGUUGAAGGCGAUGGCGGAGGAAGCUUUGCAGCCCUACGUCGUCGCCUGCGGCGCGGCCAUCAACGCCUGCGCCCGUGCCGGGCAGAGCAUCACUGCUAGGCAGAUCCUGGAGGAGAUGGAGAUGAAUCGGCUGCAGGCCAACCAGAUCGCCUUCAACUCAGCCAUCUCCGCCUGCGAGAAGGCCGGUGACUGGGAGGAGGCUGUUGCGCUCUUGCAGCGGAUGUGCAAGAAGCGCUUGUCGGCCGACACCGUGAGCCACAACGCCCUCAUCAGCACCUUCCAAAAGGCCGGCGAGUGGCAGCGAGCCAUGCUGCAGCUGCAGGUGAUGUCCGAAGAGAAGGUGAGCCCAGAUACAAUCUCGCACAAUGCCCUGAUUUCCGCCUGCGCUGGUGCCGGAAGGUGGGAAGCGGCCCUGGACGUCUUUGCGUCAAGGCUCCGUGCUGGGGGCGCUGAUGCCCAUAGCCUUACAGCAGCGCUAAGUGCGCUGGCCUUGGCGGGGCUUUGGGUUCGAGCAUUGGCCCUGCUCGAGGAAGCCAAGCUGCGGUCGCUGUCUCCCAGCUGCGCUGUGUGCAACGCUGCGAUGGGCGCUUGCGACGUCGCGGGUCAAUGGCAGCGUGCGCUGUUGCUACUGGCCUCUAUGCCGAGGCAGCAGAUUCAAGCCGAUCGCAUCAGCCGUGUGACGGCGAUAAGCACUUGUGGGCAGGCCUCACAGUGGCAGCUUGCUCUGGCGCUGCAAAGAACAGCCGACGGCGCAUCAAGUGCGGCAGCAGCCGCUUCUGCCUGUGGGAGCGCCAGUCAAUGGAGGAGAGCUUUGGCCAUUAUCGAUGCGCUUCCAGAAGCCUCCCUGGACGAGGUUUGCUACGGUGCCGUGAUUCGCGCUUGCGAGGUGCCCCGAAAGUGGAGCUUGGCCGUUGCGCUGGUUGAAGAGAUGUGCAGCAAGGCGCUUCGGGUCAAUGAGAUCUGCAUCAGUGCUGCGGUGGCCGCAUCCCGGGAUGUCUGGUGUGCUGCACUCGCUCUCCUCCAGCUGGCGCCCAGCGAAGCAGGCUUUGGUGCCGCCAUCCGUGCUUGUCAAGAAGCUACAGCAUGGGUGGCCGCCUUAGGCCUCUUUGCAGAUUUCCGGGAGGAGAUCGGUCAGGACAGCCUUGCAAUUGCGACGCUCACGAUGUCGGCUUGCGCACAAGCCGACCAGUGGCAGCAGGUUCUGUCACUCGCAGAGCUUGUUUCUCAAGACGAGGUCGGCUACGAAGCUGCAGAGAUCGGCACAUCGCUGUCGGUGGCGCUGGCAGAGUGCGAACUCAGGUCUUUACCCUUUGCCGAGCGCCGGCUUCUAGUUUCCUUGGGUCGCCGUUCUUUGGACCCCACGGCUGCCCAGCUUCUUCGGCUGUCCGGUGGUUGGCGACGGGACCUGGCUCCGCUGGCGGCCACCCUGGCGGUUUUGCAAGGGCCGGCUGCUGCCGCAGCAGCAAGGAGCUACCACAGGGAAGUGUCACUUCUACGACGGGUCGUUGACAAGGCACUUCCCGGGGACGUGUCGUCCAUCCUCGGGGCUCUGAACGACUUCGGUGAGGAGCUGGAGUGGGCGAAGUUCGCCGGGGGGAGCAAGGGCGAGGCGAUUGUGGCAGCUGUGCGUGGCGCCCUGCCCUUCCAUACUGGGUCAAGGCAAAGGAAUCUGGGCAUCCUCGAGAUCGGCACUUACUGUGGAAAUUCGGCUCUUCGAAUGGCCUCUGCGCUGCCAGGUGUUCUCUUGACAUCCUUGGAACUUGACCCGGUGUACGUGGCCAUAGCCAGGUGCCUCCUCGGCUUUGCAGGGCUGAACGACCAGGUGAAGGUGUGGACAGGCCACAGUCGUCUGCUCCUGCCCACUCUGAAAGUGCGGCUGCAGCACGGCUCUGCAGAUCCGGAGUCGUUGCGGUUUGGAGCGCUGCUGAUAGACCGCUGGGGCACCGAGUAUGACGAAGACCUCGACAUGGUAGAAAAGCACCAGCUGAUGGCCGAACAUGGUGGCAUUAUUGUUGCCGACAAUGUGCUCUCCACAGCUGCUGCGAACUACCUGUGGAGGACCUCUGCGCAUGCAGCCAGCAAGAUCGAAGGCACCGAUGGUGCGGCCUUGUGCUACACGUCGCAGGUAGUGUCGGUGACGGAGGUAGCAGACCGCUCGCAGGAGGACUGGGUUUCUGUGGCCGUGAGCACUGGGCGACGGGCGCCGGAAGACCUCCAGAUUCCUGAGGAGCUUGCAGAGCUGAAUCAGCGUUCGGCGUGCCUCCGCCCACGUGUGGUGGGACCUUGGGGCGGCCAGGUGGCAGCGGCCGAGAUGCCGCAGCUGGCGGCCGAAGCAAAGGAGACUUUCAUCGCUCGGAACUCCAUCCUCGCAGAGUACGGGGUGGUGGGGUUCGAGCUUGGCUACAGCUACGAAAAUCCGACUGCGCUGGUGGUUUGGGAGGCCCAGUUUGGCGACUUCGCAAACACGGCUCAGGUGAUGACGGAUCAGUUCAUCUCUGCUGGAGAGCACAAGUGGCUUCAGCAAACUGGCCUCGUGAUGCUGCUGCCCCACGGCUACAUGGGCCAGGGCGCAGAGCACAGCUCCUGUCGAAUUGAGAGAUUCCUGCAGAGCAGUGACGACGACGAGGACGACAUCCCGGAUUUCAAGGACGGCUUCGGGAGGCGCCAAGCACAGAAGGCCAACUGGCAGGUCAUGAACCUCUCCACUCCGGCGAACUACUUCCAUGCCCUGCGUCGGCAGCAGCAUCGGGAUUUCAGGAAGCCGAUGGUUGUAGCCUCACCGAAGAAUCUGUUCCGCCUGCGCCAGUGCGUGAGCCCCAUUUCUGACAUGGAGGCAGACACGCGAUUUCAGCGCCUCAUUGGCGAGAGAGACCCGGAGAUAGCUGGCAACCCAGACAAGGUGGAGCGCCUGAUCUUCUGUAGCGGAAAGAUCUACUACGAGCUGGUGGCCGAGCGAGAGAGGCUCGGCCUAAAGAAUGUGGCCAUCGUCACCAUCGAGCAGCUCGCCCCCUUCCCCUUCGACCGGGUGAAGCAGGUCAUGGCAACCUACAAAAACGUGGAUGCUGGAGAUGGCGUUCAUCCCGGGCAGUUCGUGUGGUGCCAGGAGGAGCCGAAAAAUAUGGGCCCUUGGACCUACGUGCGCCCCCGCUUUGUGACGACAGCCCGCGAGGGCUUCGACACGGACUUGGUGAUGCGAUACAUUGGGCGUCGUGCUGCUGCGAGUCCGGCUACCGGCUACCCGAAGCUUCACAACGCCGAGCAGGAGGCGAUAAUGCGCGAGGCCCUGCUGGGCACCUCGGAUGCCUCUGCAGCCGACAACUAUUCGGCCCCUUGGACUUGCCGUGCCCUCCCCUGGUAUCCCGUGCUUGCUAAGUGUCAGGGUUUCAGGCAGCUCUGA